AUGUGGAAUGCACGAAUGCGGACCCUUGCGCUACUGGAAGAGAGUCUUUCGGGAAGUCCUGUUCGCCCCAUUGCCGAUGGUCGUAACGACGGUGGUGUGGGAGGCAUUGAGAAGUUGAACGGGCAUAAUGAGGCGUACUUCUGCCCCGUAUUUAUUCCAUCGAAGGCGCGAUACCACAGUGAGCGCGGGACAAUCUCGCUCCUGAUACAAGACAAGGUGCCUUUCACGCUUGUCGUGCAGCCAGAGGAGCUCACGUUGUACGAACAGCUGGUGGAUCGGUUGGUUAAAAAGUGGUGGGGUGAUGUGCACAACAAUGGCCAGGGCGGUACGGAGGAUGGUACAGACGGUGAUGAGUUGCGGUUCCUGUUUCCACGUCAUGGGUUGCAACGCAAUUCAUCCCUCUUUUCGCAGGAGCUGCUCUCCACACGGCCCUGUACGCCUCCACCCCCACCACCCUUGUCACGACGACGAGAUGCAUUCGAUGUUCGGCGCCUUGUUAAAAUUCAUGCAUUGCCGCUUUCCGAUCAGGGCGUCUCUUAUGUGCGGAAUUACAUUUUGACAGAACUUGUUCCGAGAGCGUUGGCGACAUCUUUACCCUCUUCUUCCUCCGCGCCGCGGGCAGCACAGUGGUUUUGGGUAAUGGACGACGACAUUCAACGGUUCUAUAUGGCGUGGGAUGAAAAGAACCAUGUAAUCACUCCCCGCGAACUCUUCACUGAGGUCUACACUCGCAUUCAAGAGUUACAUGGUAACAUCUGCGACAUGAAUGGCAUCGCUAUCUUUUCGCUAGAAUACCCCCGUUUCGCCUACACUUAUGGUGAUAGCGACGUUGCUUUGAACAGCUACAACAACAUUGCCUCACUGUUUCGUUACGACCUGUUGCCACCCGACUGCAAGUACCGGUUCCGUAUCCGAGAGGACUAUGACUACACGCUGCAGCUUAUAAAUCACGGGAUGAUGACUGCGCGGUUCCGUAAUCUUUCCUUUGAGGUGCCUGGAAUGGCAGAGAUGGCGGGGGGUAUGACGGACUACUACAAGACCCAGAAGGAAGAUAUCAGAUUGCAGAACAAGUUGUUUCUCGAGACUUGGCCGGCCGUGGCACAGGAAUGCAUCAAGGGAAAGGGGGCAUUGCAGCGGGAAGACAUACGUGUCCGGUGGGACCUCCUCCACCCAAAAAGGAACCCUGACCCCAGUGCCACCUUGCGGUGCCGCACGCCGAUGCAGAAGAAGGCACAUAAGCCUUUGUCCAAUGGCAUUGAUGAAACUGAGUCAAUGGCGAAAAACGGCUAUGAGAACACAACAACAAUUGAAAUGAGCACAAGAAAGUUGAAGGGCAAGAGGACUCGGUCGUCGGAGGCGGCACGAGAGGCGAAUAAGCAGAGGAACGAGAAGCAGAAGCAGAAAAUGACGCUGAAGACAAAAACCAGUUUACAUGGAAAAGAAGGAGAAGAAGCGAGGAGGAAGAGGGUAAAUUGUGGAAUCAAGCGACAACCACCGGAGUGGAAGGGCUACGCCCUCGAAAGGUGGAGGUAUCUUACAGUUCAUGAGGCGGAGCGACUCCACUUGCACCUUAUUCCAUCAGAAAAGUUGCGUGUUGGGCAAACCGUUGCAGUCGUCCCACCAAUGUUUGAUCAGAACCCCUCUGUUGUGGAAGCGGUACUUGUCGACAAGAAAGUUAUGCGAAGGCGCCGAUCUGAAAGGAACGGGGGGCAGGGCGCCACGGAUGCCAAAAAGGGAUCUGAGGUGGAUAUCGUUGUUGAGUGGAGUGCAGUGGCGCGUGGCCUACCUCUCCUGUACGUGACUCGUUGCUACGAACUGCCUAUGGAGGGUGUUGAUGUCGCCGCGGCCGCCGUAGAUGCGUUCUUUGAGAAGGAAUGGGAAGAGGAAGAGGAAGAAGAAGAAGAUGGUAGAGUAAAACAGGGACAAUAA